AUGGGGAAGGAGAAAACCCACAUCAACAUCGUGGUCAUCGGCCACGUGGACUCGGGCAAGUCCACCACCACCGGCCACCUCAUCUAUAAAUGCGGAGGCAUCGACAAGCGGACGAUCGAGAAGUUUGAGAAGGAGGCAGCCGAGAUGGGCAAAGGGUCCUUCAAGUACGCCUGGGUGCUGGACAAACUGAAAGCGGAGCGCGAGCGGGGCAUCACCAUUGACAUCUCCCUGUGGAAGUUCGAGACGGUCAAAUACUACAUCACCAUCAUAGACGCCCCCGGCCACCGGGACUUCAUCAAGAAUAUGAUCACCGGCACCUCCCAGGCGGACUGCGCCGUGCUGAUCGUGGCGGGCGGCGUGGGCGAGUUUGAAGCCGGCAUCUCGAAGAACGGGCAGACGCGGGAGCACGCCUUGUUGGCCUACACCUUGGGCGUGAAGCAGCUCAUCGUGGGCGUCAACAAGAUGGACUCCACCGAGCCCCCCUACAGCGCCCAGCGCUUCCAGGAGAUCACCAAGGAAGUGAGCGCCUACAUCAAGAAGGUCGGCUACAACCCCGCCGCCGUGGCCUUCGUGCCCAUCUCCGGCUGGCACGGGGACAACAUGCUGGAGGCCAGCGGCAAAAUGCCGUGGUUUAAGGGCUGGAAGAUCACCCGGAAAGAAGGGAACGCAGUGGGCACCACCCUCAUGGAAGCCCUGGACGCCAUCCUCCCGCCCUCCAGGCCCACGGACAAGCCGCUGCGACUCCCGCUGCAGGACGUCUACAAGAUCGGGGGCAUCGGCACGGUGCCCGUGGGCCGGGUGGAGACGGGCUUCCUGAAGCCGGGCAUGGUGGUGACCUUUGCCCCCUGCAAUGUGACCACGGAGGUGAAGUCGGUGGAGAUGCAUCACGAGGCCUUGGCGGAGGCGCUGCCCGGGGACAACGUGGGCUUCAACGUGAAGAACGUGUCGGUGAAGGACAUCCGCCGUGGGAACGUGGCCGGGGACAGCAGGAACGACCCCCCCAUGGAGGCGGCCAGCUUCACGGCCCAGGUGAUCAUCCUGAACCACCCGGGCCGCAUCGCCGCCGGCUACUCGCCCGUGCUGGACUGCCACACGGCCCACAUCGCCUGCAAAUUCGCCGAGCUCCGCGAGAAGAUCGACCGGCGGUCGGGCAAGAAGCUGGAGGACAACCCGCAGGCCCUCAAGUCCGGCGACGCCGCCAUCGUGCAGAUGAUCCCCGGGAAGCCCAUGUGCGUGGAGAGCUUCUCUCAGUACCCACCUUUAGGCCGCUUCGCCGUGCGCGACAUGAGGCAGACGGUGGCGGUGGGCGUCAUCAAGGCCGUGGAGAAGAAGGCCGCCACCGCGGGCAAAGUCACCAAGUCGGCCGUGAAGGCUAGCAAGAAGUGAGCGGGGCGACGUGGGCG